CGCGAAGCUCAAACGCCCGAAGAAGACGGCUGCGUACUGUGUGUGAGCGAGACGACAAGAUGCAGAUUCAUCCGAGGCAGCAGAGGGUACCUAUUGGAGGGGUGCCCGUCCUCUUCCCCUUCAAACCCUACCCUUCCCAGCGGGCCAUGAUGGCAAAGGUGAUCCGGAGCUUGAACCAGGGAGCUAAUGCUCUGUUGGAGAGUCCUACAGGCAGUGGUAAGAGUCUGGCACUCCUCUGUUCCUCCCUGGCCUGGGUGGCCCAGCAGAGAGGUGAGACGACCUCCCCUCUCUCCCUCUCCACUGAGCUCUUCUUCCUUUCUCUCUCUACUGGUGAAGAUGUGAAGGCAGCAUGUGCUCCUUGUGGCUGUGUCUGCCACUCCAAUGCCGUCCCCACUCCAUGUCAGAAUGGAAUCAAGACAGAGUUUUCUGUUCCCACUCCAUGUCGGAAUGGAAUCAAGACAGAACUUUCUGCUGGGACAUCAUGUCAGAAUGGAAUCAAGACAGAGUCCGAGCCAUAUGAGAAUGGAAUCAAGACAGAGGCUAGUUUCGUCACUCAGAAUGGAACAGAGCCAUGCAAUGAAUCAUCAAUGCAGCCGUACAUUCCUAUACUACCUGCUGAUUCUCUGGUGGGUGGAGCAAAGGGUGUGGCUGAUACAACAGUCACAGUGGGUGGAGCAAAGGGUGUGGCUGGUCCUUCGUGUGAGGCGGAGUUGGAUGAAGAUUUCCGCAGACCAAAGAAAAGAUAUCGGACUCCAGGGGGUGUGGCCAAUUCCCAGGUGAGCAAAAAGUCAUGUGUGUACUUGGCAGGACCAUCAUCAUGGAGGAUAGAAGUAGAGGCAAAGACGGUGCCUGCCUCCCAGCAGCCGUCUGUCAUGGAUACUGGUCUCCCCACCUCUCCUCUUCCUCCCACUCCCACUCCUGCCCCUCCCCCCUGCCAACUGUGUGCUUGUGCCAAGUCAGCUGGUCUGCUAGGCAGUUGGGGAUGUAGCUCAGCGGUAGAGCGUCUGCUUUGCAUGCAGAAGGUCCUGGGUUCGAAACCCAGCAUCUCCAAUUUUUCCUUUUUCCCACAGCACAUCUUUGUUCCCAAGGUUUAUUUUGGCACCAGAACUCACCAGCAGAUAUCCCAGAUCACUCACGAACUGGCCAAAACUGCAUACACCGGCACUCCAAUGUGUAUUCUUGGCAGUAGGGAGCAUGCCUGCAUUCACCCCGUGGUCUCCAAGUCUAAGAGAAAAAACGACAAAUGCAAGAAAUUGCUCGAGGAUGGGGAGUGUUCGUUCUACUACCGAGUGGCGAAGAAACUAGGUUCCCAGGCGCAGAUGUUGCAGCAUGGAAUGACGACGGCUUGGGACAUGGAGGACGUCGUCACACUGGGCAAGAGAGUGAAGGCGUGUCCGUACUUUGCCCUCCGAGGGAUAAAGGAAGAGGCUCACAUUGUGUUCUGUCCAUACAACUACCUCAUUGGCCCUCUCAUAAGAGACCAGAUGUUGAUAGAGCUGAGUGGGCAGGUGGUGGUGUUUGACGAGGCCCACAACAUGGAGGACGCUGCAAGAGAGGCUGCGUCUCUCUCCCUCACCUCCCAGCAGCUGGAGGAUCUUGCUAAAGAGUUCACUGAGAUCUUGGACAGCUAUACUGGGAGACUUCGCUCGAGUUUCGAGUUUCUGACAGGAAUAGGUGUCAGUGUUAAGAAAUGGAUUGAUGUCACCAUCUCUUCUCUUCCUCACAACGGAUUUGACCAGACGUGCGGCAUUUGGCCUGGCCAGGACUUCAUCCCUCUGCUAAAGAACAUGGGGAUUAUUGACCACACCCCUGCGAUGAUCAAGUCUCAUCUGAAGGCCAUCACAGACGCAGUGAAUGAGCAGAAGAAUAAGGCCGAAGAAGGAGAAGAGAGUGAGUAUGUUCCAUGUCCCUCAACAGCUGCCAUAUAUCUACUGAAGGCACUGUCUAUGGUACUCUCCUAUCUCUUCAGACAGGGACAGAAGUUUGCUGAUGACUACAGGGUAUCUCUGAUGAGGACUGCCACCACCAAACCUACCGAUGAUGGCUGGAGAAGAAGACGUCGCUCCAGAGUGAUGGAGAAGGUGUGGCUCUAUACUCUCAACUUGUGGUGCUUCAAUCCUGCAGUUGCAUUCUCGGAGCUGUCCUGUGCCCACAGUGUCAUACUCACCUCAGGGACUCUGUCUCCUCUCUCCUCUUUCUCAUCAGAGCUAGGAAUGGAGUUCAAGGUUCAACUGGAAGCCACACAUGUGGUUCCAGAGUCUCAGACCUUAAUUCGGUCGAUCUCCUGUGGACCGCACGGCAGGGUUCUCCUGGCCAACUACCAGAACUCUGAGACCUAUGAGUUCCAGGACGAAGUAGGAGCAGUCCUCACACGAGUCUGUCAGGUAGUUCCCAGUGGUGUUCUGUGUUUCUUCUCCUCUUACAAGAUGCUGCACAAGCUCUCACAGCGUUGGCAGACGACGGAACUGUGGAGCAGUAUAGAGGAGAGUAAGGUCAUUGUCACUGAACCAACUGGAUCCAACAAAGCUGAGUUUGAGGCAGCGAUGAGACAGUUCUACAGCUCUGUCAAUGGAAACGGUCAUGUGACUGGAGCUCUGUUCCUGGCAGUGUGCCGAGGGAAGGUCAGCGAAGGAUUAGAUUUCUCCGACCACAAUGCUAGAGCCGUGAUCACUGUUGGAAUUCCCUUCCCCAGCAUCAAAGACAAGCAGGUGGAGCUGAAGAAGGAGUACAAUAAUCAGUACUGUGGUGCCCGCGGACUCCUGACUGGCAGCGAGUGGUAUGACAUCCAGGCAUUCCGGGCCAUAAACCAGGCCCUCGGCCGCUGCAUCAGACACAGGAACGACUGGGGAGCUCUGGUGUUGGUGGAUGACAGGUUCGGAAAGGGAGUACGCUACACCAGAGGACUGUCCAAGUGGAUCAGACAGCGACUCAAUCACGAGAGGAGUUUCCCCGCAGCAAUGAGGAGUCUGGCAGAGUUCUCUCACCAAAUGUCCCUCUCCUCACACAACGCCAGUGCCAAAGAGAACUCCAGCCUGUCCUGUACUGUGACUGACACAAGUUCAUUCUCCACCAGCAAAGCCCCUCUCUCCCCUAACCCCACUCCCUCCCUCCCCUCCCCACACGUCCCCCUUCACCCCGUCACCAGCAGCACACCUCUUCCAGGGAACGGGAGAGUAAAAUGGCGCCCUCCACUCUCUGCCUCCAACUCACCUUCCUCCUCCUCUUCCCUUGGCUCUGUCAUUUCACACUUCAGGGCUUUCAGGUAUCCUGUUCCUGGAGGUCUGCAGAAUUCUUCCACCGCAGUGACCCCGCCCCCAGUGGGGGGAUCCUCCGUUCAGGAGGGGGUCAAGACGGAAGUUGAUUUGGACGAUUCGGUGGAAAUCACGUGUGUCGAGUCAGUUUCAGACGAGCCUGUGCUGGUGAUGUCCUCACCUCACAAACCUCACCCCUCCCCGGCUCCCACCUCCACAGACCACACCCCUGUCCUCUUCACAGACUCAUCUGCCACACCCAAACCUGUCCCUCUCUGCAAGGAAACUGAAGACGACGAUGCAACUCCGCCUCUUUUGCCACACCCACAUCUCCAGGAAGGUAAUAAAGGGGGUGUGGUCAAGGCCGCCACCCCCCGGAGGAGAACAAAAGCCAAUAUGCGGAUGACACUCAAUCGAAGCUGUAAGACUUCACUGAUUGGUGGGUGUGGUCAGAACAGAAGCUCAAUAGCUGAGCAGGUGGGCAGGGCCAUCACCUGCUCUAGCUGUGGAAUCUCACUCACCUCCUCCGAAGUGUUGGGAGAGAGAGUGAGACUGGAUGAGGUGGAGGGGAUGAGAGACAGCCGACUGUGGAGAGAGGUGGGGCCAGGGGAGACCUACCUGCUACCAGCCACAGCUCUUCUCUCCUCCACCACUCAGAGACAAGAUGGAGUAUGCAAUGCAGUGUGGGACGAGACUCUGGGAAUGUGUUUUGGAGUUCUGGAAUGUCCGUCUGGCCACAGAGUUGGGGUCACAGUACACACAGCUCCUCACUCCCUAUCCAGUCUAGUGGACAAGGUCUUACUUCCAACUGAGAGAACUGGUGUUGAUUGUCAUAAUAUUAUAAUAAACUAACUGAAACUUUCACAUCUUAUUGUGUGUUGAUUCACUCUCCAAUUACCACCACUAUAAUGAAAAUGAAUGUUGCUAAGUGGAAUCAAUGAAACUGCCAUACAUUGUCAAUGGAACACUUAGCUCACUACCAUGAACCAUUACAGCCAUACAUUCACAAUUAUGUACAAGACACAGGCAACACAUGAGGCCAACAGACAGUAUGAGAAGUGCUAGGAGAUCAGGUUCUGUUGCUGCCAAGAGUCCACUAGUACAUGUCCUCUGCUGUCCUUAACUCUUAGUCUCCCUGAGGCAUAACUGGUCUCUUGUCUGCCGUCUGGAAACACCGUCUUCACUGUCCCAUCUGGAUACUCCCUCCUCUGCAGUUACAAUCAGUAUACAGCUGACACUGCAGCCUGUGGCACAAGAUCUCUAAGUCUAAGCAGACUUGAGCAUGUCUGAUUAUCAGUUAUCUAUACUGGUAGUAUAUAGAUGUUCCAAAUAAAGGGCACCUCUCAAUAAUGGGAAACAUACUAAUGUGUGUAUCUCCAAACUGUGCCCUAGGUUUCC